AUGGCGGACAGAGUAAAUUUUGAUGGGAGAACGAGUAUUAUGGCUUGGGAUUGGAAGACAUAUCCAGCUUCGAAUCAAGAGUCUUCGGAGUUAAUAGAGUGCGUUUGGCUAGCUGCUGCAACGGAGCUUCAAACGUUUCCAGAUUCGUGGGAAUGGAACAACAACUCGCUGCAGUAUGUGUCAGUCCAGGAUGCGAAAAAAUGGGUUACUGAUGCAAGUCUAUCGGAGCUGAAUGCUGAGGACAAUUGGGUGAAAUGGCUUCCGGCAAAAUGUAACCUUUUCUUAUGGAGAGCUGGAUUAAAUCGGUUGCCUACGGUAGAUGCUCUUCGAAGACGAAACAUACACGUUGAUACUGCAGGUUUUGUUUUAUGUGUGGGUUCGGAAGAGACGAUUGAUCACAUUGUUGCCGAGUGUUUGUACUCAAAUGGUGUUUGGUGUGGUAUCGCUAGGUGGUGCCGGAUUCCGCCAAUUUUUCUUUUUUCGGUUCAUGACAUCCAUGUGAUUGCGGAGCAUUCGGGGUACUCGCAGCCUAAGAAAGAAGUCAUUCGUGGUAUUUUGGUGAUUACGUUAUGGCGCAUUUGGAAGGCUAGAAACGAGAAAGUGUUUAGGGAGACGAAUGUGUCCAUCGUUCAAGUGAUUGCGGAUGUGAAGGCCCUUAGUUUUCUUUGGUUUAAUAGUAGACGCAAGGGUCUUGAGGUGUCAUGGGAGGGUUGGCGUUCUUUUGAUUUUAAUGUAAUGUAA